UUCCCAAAAUGAUUCAUGAGUACCAUCUUUGAUUAAAUCCCGGGAACUCCAAAUGCUACGCCAGACAAGGCUUGGACCAUGACCAAGAUUGGAGUCCAAGAAAUCCCCCAAGGAAUAAUGUUUACAAUUUUGCUAAAUUAGCGGUCAAAACUAUUAACAUUUUAUUAAUAUGAAUUGGGGCUCAUGUUAUCCAUUUGUUGAUGCAACAUAUUUUCAUAAAAGGCUGGAUUAAUUUAACCUUAAACUACUUUAUUUUAAAGUGUUGUCAAAAGAUUAUUUGAAUCUUUCUCAAAUCUCUAAGAUAUUUUUGUACUCCUCUUAAUAUAUUUUUUUAAAAUUUAUUAAAAAUUAUAAAAUCACAAGAAAGAAUUAUAAAAUAACAUGAGAGACUCAAUUUUUUUUUUUGUAAAUUUCGAUAAUUUUCAACUAAUAAAAAAAUGUUUAAAAAAGGAUAUUAAAGAGUGUCUUAGUAUUUCUGUUGUUUCAAUGGUUGUUUGUCAAUAUAUUGAUUUCAUAUUUACUUUGAAAAAUCUCCAUUGAACACCUGUCUGUAAUUUAGCGUACUUGGACGGGCUUCGACCUCUUUAAUGAAAAUUAAAAAUUAAAAAAUAAUAAAAGAAGUGUAUGUGUGUGUGCUUGUAAUUCUAACUUGGCAAGGAAUCCAUCCAUUCCAAUCCAUCAUCUCCCUACAACGAAGACAGGGAGGGAAUGAACGAACCUAAGAACAGAUCUCACUUUAUGUCCUUUUCAAUUCACAUACACAGACCAACCCCUAAAUCUCCAUAACACAUUCAUUCUCUCUUUCUCUCUAACUCUCUGGAUAAGAUCUUCAGAUACAGAGGGACCCCACUUCCUCCAUUAAAAUAAUAACAAUAUCCAUAACUUCUCAAUACCAAAACUCAGAAGAACCCAUAUGAUCUGGGUUGUUCCUGUGACGAAGACGAAUCCUCGUUUCUUUUGAGGACUAUGCUUUGGUCUGAUCCUCCUCCCCUCGGCGCCGAUUCUGGGUGUGAGCCAAAAAGCUUUCUUUUUUUCGCUCCAUUACGAAUUCGUUUGUUUUUCUUUUCGGCAAAGUAGAAGAUAUUUGUGAUUUUCUUCUGUGAAUUUGAACUGAAUUGAAUUCGCUUGGUUGCUGCUGGCUUCUGUGCUUCCUGUUUAACUUAUUUCCAGUGGAUUAUUGUUGGCACAAGUUAUUGGUCUAAUUGAAAUGAAAGAAUUUGAGUGAAGAGGAGAAUUAGACUGUCUGAUCUGGCUAUGGAGAAUUCUUAUAAGGCUAAUGGAAAUGGACCAACUGAGAAUGGAUACUCUGUUGCAAGGCAUUCUUAUCAACCCUCCUUGAAGGGGUCAUUACCUUGGCUGGACAUAAGGGUGUUUUAUGUAAGAGUGUGCAAGUGUGAGCUUGAUGAUUCCACUCCUGGAUUUCUUACACUGAAUCAUGUUCCUUUGAAUCCUGACACUCUUCUUGAAAUUAAUGGUGUUCGUACUAGUAUAUAUUCUGAUGGGAUGUCAACCCUUCUCAAGAGAGACAGGGUAGAUAGAAAAUCAGAAGAAGUGACAUUUGUAAGCACUGACAGCAUAAGGAUGAGUGGUAGUGUCAAGUUCGAGGUGUUUGAUAAAGAUGUUCUGCUGCUUUCUGGUGCUUUAGAAUUGUGUAAUACCAAUGGUGUUGUUGGGGAAUCAAGUUAUAAUGGACAAAGGUGGAGUAUGAACUGCGAGUCAUAUAUAAUUCCAGGCACCAGCUUCUUUAAGGGGAAACAAUUGCUGUUGCCAGACUCAAGUCUCCCAACAAUUGAGGUCUACAUUGCGGGCUCCUUCUUGAGUACUCCAAUUAUCUUGACAAAAACCUUGCAGCUUUCUCAGAAAAAGCAUGCAAAGAAGGGGGUGUUGGAUGCAAUUCCAGAGCAUGAGGCCGGUGAAAAUGGGAAAGAUACUUCUUCAACCCUUUCUUUGCAGGCCCCAGAUUACCUUUACGACAAACAUGAAGAUGAAGAUUAUAACAGCGUCUACCCAGGAACAGCAUAUGCUGAUGGAGAAGAUGGAGAACUCUCAUGGUUCAAUGCUGGUGUUAGGGUCGGUGUUGGUAUUGGACUUAGUGUUUGUCUUGGCAUUGGCAUUGGUGUUGGCUUGCUUGUUAAAACCUACCAAGGCACCACUAGCCACUUUAGAAGACGGCUGUUCUGAUUGGUGCUUCUAUUUAAGCUUAAAAUACUCUGCUUUUUGUCCAUCUCCCUCUUAAUCCAAAGACAGCUAACCUUAUUUUUUGUCCAUCUCCCUCUUGAUCCAUAGACAACAGGUUAAAUAUCUUGUCCAACUGAGUGGAGGUUUUUUUUUUGGCUUACUUUCUGUAUGUAAUAUAGUUUAUUUUUAGUGCAAUUCUAUGCGAGUUAUGAUAUUAAGUAAAGCAGCAAGAAGUUUUCAAUUAUU